AUGAAUAUAAAAUACCUCAAUAUAUAAUAAUAAAUAGUUGUUGCUCCAUAAUAACCUAUUAUUACUGUUCCACAGUAAACUAUUGUUGCUGCUGCUGUUCCUCCUUAAUAGCCAGAAAUUAAUGAGAUGUAUCAUUUAGAAAGAGAAUUGCAAGUGCUUUCUGUUGAAGAUGUAGAAGAACCUUGGAAAAAGAAAUGUGUUGAAUUUGAAAUUAAAAUAUUCGAUUUGUAAACAGAAUUAGCCAGAUAUAAAAUUUUAGGAUAAGAAUUGAAGGUUACAUCAAAUGAAGAAUUUUAAGUGAGAGAAUUGGAAGCAAAAAUCAAAAUGAUGAAAGACAUAGAAGAUGGUUAGAGAAAAGAAAUAGAAAGUCAAUAAAAUGAAAUUGACUCUCGGAGAUAGAGAUAUUCCAAAUUGGCAGAAAAAGAAAGGCAAAUCUUGAAAUUGGAAAAUGCAUUAAAUUCUGAGAAUGUGGAAAUGCAAAAUUACAUGAGAUUAAUUUAGUAAAUUUGUCAAUUAAUAUAUUAGGAAUAAAUUUUAAUAGAUUACAUAAUUUGAAAUUAGAGCAAGAAAUGAGUGAAUAUCAAUAGAUUACAAAAAAAAUGAAAUAUUAUUCAAAUGAAGCAGAUAUUUGGAAAGAAAGAUUCAUGAAAGCAAAUUAAGAUUUUCGCUCUGCUUAAGAAUAGUGGAUGAUGGCAUAAGCUAAAUUAGAUUCUUUGAAAAAAUAAAAACCAUUACUACAACUGUAUAAUAAUCUAAUACAAGAUCUAGAAAGACUGGUGGCCGAUAAUAUUGAAUUAUUAUAUCAUUAUUUAUUUUCGAACUGUUUUCUUACUCUUUCAUGCCAACAUUACCUUUCAUCCAAUUCGCAUUGUUUCUCAUUACCAAAUCUAGCAUAAAAUUUCAACAUGUAGUCUUCUAAACAAUCAUUUUCACAACCAAAUGCAUAAGCUGUCACCAACACUUCAAUUGCUAUUUAUCGUAUAUCACAAAAUACACUCAUUAUACAAAUAAUAGAUUUGGCCUAAAUAUUUUGA